UUUAAACGGUUUUUUUCAUCUCAUAAAUUGAUUUUUGUUUUCAAUUGAUUUUCAAAGAGUUUAUUAUCUUUUAGUUGAUAUUUUAAUAUAAAAAAACAGACAUUUAAAAAAUAUACCGAAACCCAAUGUCGGACAAUGACAAGUCGUCCGAUGAUAAAAUUGAGCGAAAAAAAUCAAGCGACGGAAAUGGCGGCGAAGAAAAGAUUACAAAAGUCAAGUCGUCCGCAUCGGUUGAGUCGCAGUCGUCGAAACGCAGUCUCGGAAUGGGACCGUCGCUGCGGAUGGCGUCCACCGAUAUCCGCGAGAUUACCAAAGAAAGUCAAAGUGUGAGCCAAGCGGGUCGACUGACAGCAGAGGGCGGUUCGCCGCCCGGCGAAGCCGUCUUCGACACUCUUGCCUACAUUAUCUACUGUCCCGACCAUCAAAAAAUAGCGAUCAGCCGUUCGGAUAAAGAUAAGCCCUCGUGGCUGCCGUUCAUUGCCUGUCCCAACAACAAGACCUGGAAGGAUGCCUCAAUUGACGGCGUGUCCAUCAUAUUUAACCGACAGGACGCCGAGUUGGACGCCAAAUUGGGCACAAAAAUACCGACAAAAGACGAGCGCUGUUUGCAAGUGUUUCGCACCCAAAUGCCGGACAAACGAUUCAAAACAUUAGUCGUUUGGUUUGUCGCUCUCGGCAAUGAAGACAAAGGCAAGAAGGAUAAAUCCGGUGGCCGCCACAGAAGCGGUACCAAAAGCAACAAAGAGGUCAAAUCGGAACCAUUCAAGUGCUGUCAACCAACCAAACGUAUUCAUUGGAUUCCCGUUAGCGAAGCCAUUGCCGGCAAAAUAGAUAAAGUCUGGGGACCAGAGGUCCAGAACUUUGCCAAAAUUGCCAAACAGGAUAAGCCGACCGAUCUAUCGGAAGAAAGUCUGGACAGAGCCAUGUUCUAUGUGCCCAAAGAUCAGCCCCGUAACGUUGAACAGGCUCUGGUCAAGGGUGCCGGCAUCGGCAACAAAGAGGCUCAAGUGAUCUACGAAGACUUCAUCCAACACUGUUUUCCUUCGCUGUCCAUGUCGUUUGAUUCGUUCAAAGACUAUAUGAUCAAAUAUCUUGAAGACUAUACCGCCGAUGACGAUCGCUUUCCAUUGCUGUACAAUGCGUUCAAUUACAACAAAAACAAUUGUCUCGACUUUCACGAAAUGUUGUUGGGUGUGGCCUCGAUGGAGCCGUCGGCGCCCAAUGCCGAAGCGCGGCUUAAGUUUGUCUUUCGUUACUACGACACCAACAACGACGGCAAACUGUCGUCAGACGAGUUCAAAAAGUUAGUCAAAGCCAUGAGCGUUGGCUCCGACGAGAACUCUAUCAACAACAAAGUUCGCGAGGCGUGGACAGCGAUGGGCGCAACCGAUACGGUCGAUGUGGUCGCCUUUUGCAAAGCAGUUAGCGAACAAAAAUUUCGCGGAACCUCUGCCCUGUGUCGGGUAACAAAACCGAUUGUACCGCAGAUUACUCAGUCGCAGACCACUCUGGUCGAGAAGAAGGCAACCGUCAAGAAGAAGGCCGGCUUUCUGAUGCAGAACCGACGCAAUCGUGGUGUCUGUUUUGCCUGCAGAGGCAAAAAAUACGACUACGGCUUGCAUUCAAUCAAAUUGGACACAACCGGCAGUUGCGUUGAACCGCGAAGAAUAUUUGAACCUGAGGCCAGUGAUAAUAAAGUGAUUUCCGAACAAAGAUAUUCAAUUGAUUUUACAUUCAAUACGCGCUCCAUUGCCAACAUCUUUGUGGAUCUAAUGCGCGACUUUAGCCGCAAAAAAGACAAAGACAAAGGUUUCUUGUUUAACGACAGGGAAACACUCAUCAACUAUUUGGAAGCGCUUAGCUCUGAUCUGAUCGGUUUGUUUGGCUCAGAGGACAGGUGUAUUAAAUUGAAUUCGCCGGCCUUUGUUUUCGGCAACAUUUUCGGCAGUCUUGACGAUCUGUUGACAUUUGAGAACGACUUGUGGCAAUCGUUUCCAGUUAUUUCGGCUCACUAUCUGUUUCUCGGCAAUGUUGUCGACAAAGGCAAAUGGAGUCUCGAGUGCGCCAUAUAUUUGUUUGCACUGAAAAUGCUGGCGCCGACCAAAUUCAUACUAUUACGGGGCAAACAUGAAAGCCGAGAGUAUCAGCAAAAGAGAGGCACUUUCCUCAAGGACUGUACCACCAAAUAUGGCGACAAAGCCGGCCAAAAGAUCUGGGAACUGAUGAACUCGAUGUUCGAUAGGAUGCCGUUGUGUACAAUAAUAGACGAAUCCAUAUUCUGCGCGCCGAGCGGUGUGUCGCCGAAAGUGACCAAAUUGGACAACAUUAACAGCGUGACCAACGAUCUCAAGAAUCCGGCCACCGAUGAGAUCGCAUGGGGUCUAAUGGCCGGCGAAGUCAAAGAAGACGUUAUCAAAGGUUUUCUCGCAAAGUUCGAGUUCUCGCAUAUGAUUCGGUCGAAUAAAUUGUCAGAUAAUCGGACAAAACUCGGCUAUGAAAUCCAAUUUGGCGGCAAAUGUCUGUCCAUUACAUCAAACAGCAAUAUGGGUACCGAAUCGGUGGCCGUUUUUGUCGACAGCGAUAAGAUUCGCAUCAUAUGUCUCGAGACGACCAAUGCCAAAGGUAACGGUAGCGGUGCCGCCGCCGCCGACAAUGCGAACCUCAAAAAACAAUCGUCCAAAAAGACAGCCACCAAAUGAUUGUCUCAACAUUUUCAUUGAUAGACAGACAACAACUGAUUGAAUACAUUUUGUUUUUAUUGAAAAAAAACUAAUAAUAAUUAACCACAAAAUAGACUAUUAAUUUAUUGUAGUUUUUCAAUAUUAUUUAUUUUACAAAAAUAACAAA